ACACACAAGACAGGCAACCAAGAGAGAGAGAGAGAGAUGGUACAUUUUGUUUUAGUACAUGGUAUAUGCCAUGGAGCAUGGUGUUGGUAUAAGGUUAAGCCGGUGUUGGAGAGUGCCGGACAUCGAGUGACCGCGAUCGACCUUGGUGCUUCAGGGAUCAACAUGGCUAAAAUACAAGAGGUCCAUACCUUGUCCGAUUACACACAACCAUUGAUAGAGCUCUUGGACGCACUUCCUCCAGAAGAGAAGGUAACCCUAGUAGGACAUAGCUUGGCUGGCUACAAUUUGGCUCAUGCCAUGGACAGGUUUCCUCAUAAGAUAUCCAUAGCUGUCUUUGUCGCAGCUCACAUGCCCGAUUGUACACAUCCUCCCUCCUAUGUCAUGGAUAAGUUGAAUAAGACGAUCACAGCAGAGUUUUGGUUAGAUACUCAACUUUCAUCUGAUCUGGACCCCGUGAAGCCAAAAAAUAUAGUGGUAUUUGGCCCCAAGUGGAUGGCCUCCAACCUCUAUCAACUCUCCUCUUCACAGGAUUUGGCACUAGCGGAGUUGCUGGCAAGGCCUGGAUCCAUGUUCCACGAAGACAUAUCAAAGGGGAAGCCAUUCUCUGAAGAGGGAUAUGGAAGGGUUAAUCGAGUUUACAUUGUAUGCAAAAAGGAUUUAACAUUUAAGGAGGAUUUCCAGCGUUGGAUGAUUGAGAAUUAUCCAGUUAAAGAAGUGAUGGAGAUAGAGGAUGCUGAUCACAUGCCUAUGUUUUCAAAGCCCAAUGAACUGUGUUGCUGUCUCUUGGACAUUGCCAACAAAUAUAAUUGAUUUGGUCUUGCAUUCUUGUUACUAUUCAGUGGCACCUUCCUCCUUGUGAACAUUGUUUGCAUGCUUUCCUU